GUGCGAAUUAGCAAUCAGUUCGCGAGUGGGAACCGAUCCAUUCAGAUGGCAGCCGCAGCAGUCCAAAGUUUCGGCCAGGAGGAGCUCUUCGUCAGCCGGGCCACAAUCCAGUUGCAGUUGCCCCAGGGCGGAGCCAGUUCGCCCAUCUUCGAGUGGCGCACACAGGUGGCCACGCCCACGCCAGCGGCUGAUCCCGCCCACGAGGAGAAGUGCAUUAGAGGGCACCAGAGCACGGAAGCUGCCACGCCCAAGAGCAAUAUCUACACGCCCCCGCGAAUCCUGGGCACGGAGGCGAAACGCAAGAACCUGCCCCAAACGUUGAGCAACUUCUUCGAGGCGGAGCGCUACUCCAGCGCCUGGAAUCGCGUGACCAAGUAGGCUGCUCUUCCAGUCCCAAUCCGAGUUCCAAUCCCGAAAACCAACCGAAGGGAGGCCUAAUCGAUUAACCCAUUAAGUGGCAAGAGCUGCAGGAUAGUGAAAUUCCAUUCCGUUGCCAAAAAUUCCAAUUCAUGCCCCAAAAUUGCUUACCCGAUUCGGGAGCGGGAGUGGGAGGAUAGAAAUGGCCGCCCAGGGCUGAACCAACUAUGUAUAUAAGCAUCCCAUGAAUAUUUAUGUGCCACCCUCUUGUACCCUGAUAAUGCAAUAAAAGUAUUAUUUGAUAGAUAAAGCGGAA